AAUCAAUCCAACCCCAAACCAAAUUCGCUCUAAAUCUUAACUAGUCUCUAUCCCCAUUUGUCGACGCUACGAAAGGGCUCUGAAGAAUCUGCAGGAAGCUCCAACUUUUUCUCCAAGUUACGCAGUAAAUUUCUGUGUUCUUCAGCAGCAAGCAUGGCAAUGAAAAAGAAGAUAUCAACAUCAUCGAUAAUGCCAGACUGGUCUCAGCUCCCUGAAGAGCUACUUCACAUUAUCUCAACGCAUCUAGAGGAUCACUAUUUCGAUGCUGUUCAUGCCCGCUCUGUUUGCCGCUCAUGGCGAUCCACAUUUCCAUUUCCUUCUUCUCUAUUACGCCAAAGUUACUCUCUUCCCGCUUUCCCUUUAGAAAGCAAAGACUUGUGCUGCACCCUGGAGAAGGUCCCUUUGUUCCUCUUUAGAGUUCUAACUCCUCCUGAUGCUGCUGAUGCUUCCUCCGAAUAUUUUCUGGGAGGAUUAGGCCAAGAUAAGUCAAAUGAUCAUGUGGAGCUUCCAUCUCCUCUUCAGUGCUCAGUGAAAGUCAAUGUUCCAGGAACUGAGCCAAUUUUGAUGAACAUGCUUGACUGCCAGAUCAUCCCUCUGGGCCAUAAGUACAGAUUGAUGAUCGGUUGCAAUCCUGAAGAAUACAGUGCAGCUUUUCUUCCGCUAAACGAACAAGGAGGAGGAGGCGAAUUCGUUGCGCUCCUCGACUGCACUGAUUUGUUUUUGGUGUUAAGAAGUACUGAAAUGAGAUGGAUUCGGCUUGAGAAACCCUCAACUGCUUCAUGUAAGGAGUUAUUCACUUUUAGAGGAAGGUUCUAUGCAACUUUCUUUAAUGGGGACACGUUCGUUAUCGAUCCUUCUUCGCUGGAAGCGACUCCCCUAACACCUCAUAUCGACUCCAACUUUCUGGUUCCAUCUGGCAAUGAGGAGCUUUUCCUGGUUAAGACAGACUUCCUAAGAUGUAGAGUAAGUAGGCUAGAUGAGGAGGCUGCUGAAUGGGUUGAGGUCAGCGAUUUGGGAGACCGUGUUUUGUUUCUUGGUGGACACCUGGGGAAUUUCUACUGCUCCGCUAAGGAGCUUCCUCAUGGUUGUGGUUUGACUGGGGACUCGAUUUUGUUCACCGUUGGGUCACGCAAUGUAACUUACCCCUAUAAAUAUGGAGUACAUACAAAUAAAAGAAAGGCUGAAGACAAUAUCAAUUGUUGGAGAUCCUCAAGGGAGAAUCGUGUGUUGUUCCGCAACAGAUAUGAUCCGGUCCUGUCUUUCCGGGUUGAACGCUAGGCCGCAAAUUCUCACUUCAGACUGUUAUUCUGUUUUUAUUAGAUCAAAGGCUAUGUUUUCCUUUGAUUUUAAGUCUAGAUUUUGUGUACUUGAAAACUCGAACUAUACAUGAUCUCUAGCAAAUGUGCAAUGGUCUAUUGUAGUUAGUCUAGAAAGAUUUGUUGGUAACCAGCUAUGUUCUUAUCAAACUUGUUGCAGGCAUAGCAGCAAUGUCGUCCCCUUAUGCCAUACCCUCAUACAACUACUAUUCUUGCUUUUAUUCUGUUAAGAGCUUUUUGAUCGUUGUAUAUUGCUACUACAUUUUGGUUUGAAGUAGUGGUGCAUGUGUUGCAUAGUCCGUAGGUAAAACUGGUCCGAAAGCGGUAAACAG